UCGAUCAAUAUUUUUUUUUUUGUUUUGUUUUGUUUUCAUGUUUGUUUUGUGUGUCAGAAUUUUUUCGAUUUUUGUAUAAUCAAUCAACAACAUUUAAUUUUAUCUUGAAUAAAUACAAAUUUUUUUCUUCUUUCAAUGACUUCAAUUCAUACGCCAAGUCCAAAGUCUCCGGAAAAUGAAAAAAGUAAACGUUAUGAUCGUCAGAUACGAUUGUGGGGUGAAAAUGGCCAACAAGCAUUGGAAACAUCACGUGUUUGUUUAAUAAAUGCUAAUGUUGUUGGUACUGAAGUGUUAAAGAAUCUUGUGUUGCCCGGUAUUCGUGCAUUUACAAUCAUCGAUGAUCAAACAGUUAGUGAAGAUGAUGCCGAUAGUAAUUUCUUUCUUUCUACUGAAGGAUCGAUUGGACAAUCAAGAGCUAAAGUUGCUGCAACAUUUCUUCUUGAAAUGAAUGAAGAUGUUAAAAAUGGCGAUUAUCUACAUGAAAAUUUCGAAACAUUAUUGGACAAAGAUGUAAAUUAUUUUACCAACUUUAGUUUGAUCAUUGCCUGUGGUAUCCGAGAUGAACGAUCAUUGAAUCGAUUAAGUCAAGAAAUGUGGUCAUUGAACAUACCAUUGUUGGUAGUCAAAUCGAUUGGAUUUUUGGGCUAUAUUCGUCUACAAAUACAAGAACAUUGUGUUCUCGAACCUCAUCCUGAUAAUACACUUGAAGAUCUUCGAUUAACCGAAUUAUUUCCCGAGCUUAGUGCAUAUUUUGAUUCAUUUCCUUCUUUCGAAGAAUUAACACGACAAGAAUUAAGUCGAAUACCUUCAUUAGUUAUAAUUUACAAAAAUCUUCUUAAAUGGCGAAAAGAAUAUCAAAAAAAUUCGAAUGAAAUUCCAAAAAAUUAUCGUGAAAAAUCUUCAUUAAUAGCCAUGAUCAAAGAUGAAAUGUUCACACUACAAGAAAGUAAAGCUUAUCAAUCAUUCACCGAUGAAUCCGGUGGUGCACGAAUGGAAUUAGAAAACUUUGAAGAAGCAUACAAAUUGGUCAAUAAAAUAUUUUAUGAUUCACCAAAAAUAUCGAAAGAUCUACAACAACUUUUGAAUGAAUCAAAACUAUUAGAUAUGACAAUGUUGAAACAAAAAUCAUCAAAUUUUAAUUUCUGGAUCAUGAUGAAAGCUUUGAAUGAAUUUAUCGCUCGUCAUGAUUGUCUUCCAUUGAAAGGUAGUAUACCGGAUAUGAAUUCUGGUUCAGAACAAUAUAUUCGUUUACAGAAAUUAUAUAAAACAAAAGCCAAAGAAGAUGCACAAUGUUUAUCGAAAAUUAUUCAAGAUACAUUCAAAUGUUCCACGAUUCCGGAUUCGGAUAUUCAUUUGUUUUGUAAAAAUGUUCGAUAUUUACGAAUCAUACGAACCAGUCCAAUAUAUCAAGAGAUGCAAAGUAAAACGAUGCGUAAUCUAGUAACAUUUCGUCUACAAAAUGAUGAAGAAGAAUCCGAUUCAGAUGAAUUACGUUUCUACAUACUAAUGCGUCUGAUUGAUCGAUUCUAUUCGAAACAUCGUAGAUUUCCUGGUCAGAAUAGUGAUGAAGUUGAUAUUUCUGAAUUAAAGCGAGAAUUUAAAGAAUUUUGUCUUGAAGCUGGCUGUAAUAUUGUGAUCAAAGAUGAUCUCGUUCAUGAAAUUUGUCGAUAUGGUGGAUGCGAAUUACAUUCAAUCAGUGCAUUUAUUGGUGGUUGCGCUGCACAAGAAGUUAUUAAAAUAAUUACCGGCCAAUAUAUACCUAUCGAUAAUACAUUUGUAUAUAAUGGUCUAUCAAGCACAACAUCUACUUAUCAAUUUUAAUCUCCAAAUGGUGUUCAGCACAUUUGAAUUUUUAUGAUUAAAAAAUUUC